ACCGGUCCGGGAGCCCCCUGAGCCCGUCCGGACGGACCUCGUCCCGUUCCGGCUGUCGGUGGCGGUGGUGGUCCGCGUCCGGCCGGUCCUCCUCGUCCUAGCCCUCCUCCACGUCCUGCUGGUCCGGCCGGUCCUCGUCGUCCCAGCGCUCCUCCUCGUCCAGCCGGUCCUAGCCCCGCUCCUCGUCCUCCCGGUCCAGCCGGUCCCGGUCGUCGUAGUCCCGCUGCUCGUCCUCCCGGUCCAGCCGGUCCCGGUCGUCGCAGCCGUCGUCCUCCGGGUCCCGGUCGUCUCAGCCCUCGUCCUCCGGAUCCCGAUCGUCGCAGCCCUCGUCCUCCGGGUCCCGAUCGUCUCAGCCCUCGUCCUCCGGGUCCCGAUCGUCGCAGCCCUCGUCCUCCGGGUCCCGAUCGUCGCAGCCCUCGUCCUCCGGGUCCCGAUCGUCGCAGCCCUCGUCCUCCGGGUCCCGGUCGUCGCAGCCCUCCUCGUCCUCCUCCCGGUCCAGCCGGCCCCGGCGCCCGCUUCCUCGUCCUCCCCCCCCCGUCGGGGUCCGGUCCGGUCCGUCCGGGGCCGGGGCACGAUGCUGCUGGACGCGGGGGCGCAGUACCCGUCGCUGGGCGUGGGCACCUUCGGCUCCUCCCGGCACCACGGGCCGGGGGACGCGGCGUCGGAGCGGGAGGCGGCGCUGGGCCUCAACCCGUUCGCCGACGGCAUGGGCGCCUUCAAGCUGAACCCGGGCGGGCACGAGCUGGGCCCGGCGGGGCAGCCGGCGGCUUUCCCGGCUCAGGCGGCGCCGCCCCCGGCCUACUCGGCGGCGGCGGCGGCGGCGGCCCUGGGCCACCCGCCUCCGCCGCCCCCGCCGCCGCCGCCCCCUCACCCGCACCCGCACCCGCACCCGCACCCGCACUCCGGCCACGUCGGCUCCUACUCCAGCGCCGCCGCCUUCAACUCGACGCGCGACUUUCUGUUCCGCAACCGGGGGUUCGGGGAGGCGGCGGCGGCGGCGGCGGCGGCGGCCAGCGCCCAGCACAGCCUGUUCGCCUCGGCGGCGGCGGCGGCGGCGGCGGGGGGCUUCCCGGGCGCCCACCACGGGCCGCACGGGCCGCACGGGCCCCACGGGCCCGACGCCGCCGCCGCCGCCGCCGCCGCCGCCGCCGCGGCCGCCGCCGCCGCCGCCGGCCACCUGCUGUUCCCGGGCCUGCACGAGCCGGGGUCCGGGCACGCGUCGCCCGGGGUCCCGGUCAACGGGCCCAUGCGGCUGGGCUUCUCCGGGGACGUGUACGGCCGGGCGGAGCAGUACGGCCAGGUGGCCAGCCCGCGCUCCGACCCCUACGGCUCGGGCCAGCUGCACGGCUACGGCCCGGUCAACGUGAACAUGAACAUGGCCGCGCACCCGGCCGCCGGGGCCUUCUUCCGCUACAUGCGGCAGCCCAUCAAGCAGGAGCUCAUCUGCAAGUGGGUCGAGCCCGACCAGCUGGCCGGCCCCAAGAAGUCGUGCAACAAGACGUUCAGCACCAUGCACGAGCUGGUCACCCACGUCACCGUGGAGCACGUCGGCGGGCCCGAGCAGAGCAACCACAUCUGCUUCUGGGAGGAGUGCCCGCGCGAGGGCAAGCCCUUCAAAGCCAAAUACAAACUGGUCAACCACAUCCGCGUCCACACCGGAGAGAAGCCCUUCCCCUGCCCCUUCCCCGGCUGCGGGAAGGUCUUCGCCCGCUCCGAGAACCUCAAGAUCCACAAGAGGACGCACACGGGUGAAAAACCUUUCAAGUGUGAGUUCGAGGGCUGCGACCGGCGCUUCGCAAACAGCAGCGACCGCAAAAAGCACAUGCAUGUGCACACUUCGGACAAACCUUACCUCUGCAAAAUGUGCGACAAGUCCUACACCCAUCCCAGCUCGCUCCGCAAACACAUGAAGGUCCACGAAUCCUCGACCCAGGGCUCCCAGCCGUCUCCCGCCGCCAGUUCGGGCUACGAGUCGUCCACCCCACCCACCAUCGUGUCCCCGUCCACGGACACGCAGACCGCCAGCUCCCUGUCCCCGGCCUCCUCCGCCGUCCAUCACACGUCCGGACACAGCGCGCUUUCGUCCAAUUUUAACGAAUGGUAUGUGUGAAAGCAGACCCCGUCAGCCCCGCCGAAACAAAGCCCCAUUUAAAGACUCCUCAGAAAUAUCAUGAACGCUGAGAAUCGAAAUCGCCAAAAAAAAAAACCCCAACAAAAACCCACGAAACCCACCCACAUCCACAUCCACACCCAUACCCACACACAGACAAAGAACACUCGCAAAACCCUACCGCCGUAAUCUUAAUUUCGAGGGAGGGUUUUCUAGCAAAGGCUGUCGCUUAGACCCAGGACCGAAUGCAGUGAAGCAUCAAACGUUUUUGUUUUUUGGCAGAGGCUUGGUAGACAAGCUGUGCCGCCUCUGUUUUCUGACUGAACCCGGCUGCUCGGCGGCGGCCCGUUUCUUUUUCUUUCUUUCUUUCUUUUUUUUUGGUUGUAAAUACGGAAUUACUAGUUGAACCCUGUACUGUUGAAUCCUGUAAAUAGUUAUAUGCCAGUUGAAGGGAGU